AUGCCCCCUCUUUCCGAUGUUUGGCUACUUCUUGACAACUCCCAAAUGACCUCAUCAUUCUCGAUAGGUAACUGGGUCACAAGCCUGAGUGGAGGAGCGUGGCUGGGAUCCACUGCCAUAACCAUUGGGAGCCCAGGUGGCAACAUCGUAGUCUCUUUCCAAGGCACCUCGAUAUCAUUUGCAGGUAACACUCCCUCUUCUUCCAAUUCUCCAACCUGGUUCCUCGUUGGAAUCGAUUUGAAUUCCCCGUACAAUGUUUCAUUCCCGAAUCCCGGCAUACUGCAAAGUUACACGCAAUGGUAUCAAACUCCGACACUCCCUGACGGACUGCACACCGUUAAUCUAUCCAGUAUUGUUGUCAAUUUGGACUAUGCAAUCAUCACGGCCGGCGCCACGACACCUUUGAGUGGUUCUACCAUUGUGGUGGAUGACGAGAGUCCAGAGAUCUUAUACAACGGAAACGGAUGGAAGACUAGUGACAGCGGGAUAGAUAUCGGAGGCGGUUGGGUCAAUGGGCUGCCUUUAGCAAAUACCACUCACCGUACAAGCAACAUGGGCGAUGGGUUCAGUUUUCAAUUUGCCGGCAAGUCAAAACUAUGCUCCGAAUCUCAAAAUUUUAACCUCGUUGUAGGCAGUAAUAUUUCCGUCUAUGGUGUUUUUGAGUGGACGGCCACUGGAAGUGUGGGCGUUGAUUUUACACUCGACGGUGUUACAACUUCUUCUAGUCUCUUUGUUCCCGUCGGCUCCACCAUCUCUCAUCCGGAAAUCCCAAAUUAUCUGCACUUCUCUUCUGGGACACUGAAAACAGGUAAUCAUACUCUCAUUAUGAGCAUCACUGAAUCCGAUGGGAAUCAGAGCUUUGUUCUUGAUUACUUGACCUACGAGCCCUCAUUCUCCUCACUUGUGGAAAAACCUAAUUUCACUUCUCCCGCGAGCCCUGUGGCAUCUGGAUCGGAGAUUUCUCCAUCGGCAUCGAACACGGGAUCCCCAGUAGCAAUGACGCACAAAAGGAAUAUUAGGGCAAUUCUAGGGGGUGCAAUCGGCGGCGGAUUCAGAAGGCAAAUAGGGAGCAGCGCGUUGAAGGAAUCACCAAGUGUUACUAUUUAUCAACGGCCUCUAAAGUCUACUAAGAUUCACACAAGCCACAUCACUCAAUCAGUCACAAAAAGUCUUUCAGAUCCUGGCCUGGAGGCACCCCCUCCACCUUAUGAUAAACUAAAUUGA